AUGCGGACAUUGCUCAUCUCGUUCCUUCUUUUCUUGGCCUGUUCAGCUUUGAAAAAGAAAUCUCCAAUCAAAAUGUCAAGGCAAACAAAAUUGCCGCCAGCAGUGAUCGUGGUUGAAAAGCCGAUAUCGCGGACACCCACUGAUUGUGAUGCAAAGUGUCCAGGUGGACGAAUGACAUUAGCGUGUUGUGAAUGCAUUGGAUGUCAUCAAGGUAUGCGAUUCGGGAAACGCUCGGCCCCUCUAUCUCUCUACGAUGUCGCCUUCGAGGAGCCGAUGCAGCCCAUGUUUCGAGUAGUUGAUAUAGACGAGAACGACGCUUUAUUGAUCCCCGUUCGACAGGAGAGAGCACGAUGGGUAGCCUUG